AUCUUCUCUGUUUCCUGCCUUUAAUUUAUAUUCUCUCUUCUGUUUCCUCUCCCUCAGGUUGAAAUUAAGUAGGAGCGAUGGCUUUCCAAAACCAAUCCGUGUCAGUUUCACCCCAGAGGAAGACAGGAAGGGGGAAGAUUGAGAUCAAGAGGAUUGAGAACACCACAAAUCGCCAAGUCACCUUCUGCAAACGCAGAAAUGGACUGCUCAAGAAGGCUUAUGAACUAUCUGUGCUCUGUGAUGCUGAGGUCGCUUUAAUCGUCUUCUCUAGCCGCGGUCGUCUCUAUGAAUAUGCUAAUAACAGUGUCAAAGCAACCAUUGAUAGGUACAAGAAAGCAUGUUCAGAUUCUACUGGUGGAUCUACUUCUGAAGUUAACGCUCAGUAUUAUCAACAAGAAUCCGCCAAACUGCGUGCCCAGAUUAGCAACCUGCAGAAUCACAACAGGCAAAUGAUGGGGGAGGGUUUGAGCAAUCUGCACUCCAAGGAUCUCAAGAACCUGGAGGGAAGGUUAGAAAGAGGGAUCAGCAGAAUUCGUUCCAAAAAGAAUGAGCUUCUAUUUGCAGAAAUUGAGUACAUGCAGAAGAGGGAAAUAGACUUGCAUAACAGCAAUCAACUUCUUCGAGCAAAGAUAGCUGAAAGUGAGAGGAACCAACAGCAAAACCUGAAUUUAUUGGGAGCAGGAGGGUCGGACUAUGAAUCCUUGCAAUCCCAGCAGCAAUUUGACAAUCGAGGUUACUUUCAAGUCUCUGCAUUACAACCCAAUCAUCAGUAUCCACGCCAAGACCACAUGUCCCUCCAAUUAGUUUGAUAUUCUUGUUGAUCAGAAGAUGGGCUUGCAAGACUAGAUCUUCUUCUUCCGCAAUUAUAUUUUGGAGUCUAGUGUGAUAGCAGGCUAAUGUUGAAGGUGAUAAAAGCAAAACUAUGAAGAGGGCAUUUCAGGAAACGUUCCCUCCUAAUAAUUUGUGCUAGCUUUCUGUAUGCACUCUCUCAUAAACUACCCUAUAACAUUGCGAAAGGCUCUCUUCUGUCUGUGUUUAAGUAGCUACUAUGUGGUCUGAAGAGUCACAAAAAGACUCCUUUGAUCUGUGUGUGUCAUCCG